ACUUCAAAAGGGCCACAAAUCAAGUCUAAUCAAAGGGGUGUGAGAGAGAGAGCGAGCGAGCGAGGGAGAGAGGGAGAGAGAAGCUGGGUGGGGGGGAAUAUAAUUCCUGACAUGAGUUCCUACGUAGCCAAUUCCUUCUAUAAGCAAAAUCAAAAUGUUCCUGCGUAUUCCAUGCAAAGUUAUGGGAAUUAUGGAUCAGUGCCUGAAGUUCAGCCCUCCAGGUGCUGCUACACUGGGCUGGAUCUGAGCAUUACAUUCCCUUCAUCUGGGGCUUCCAACUCUCUGAACGGUGUGGACGUGUCUUCAACCCCCAGAUCUAACCCCGACCGGCCUUCCUGUACUGUCAUGGGAUCUUCAGGGCACACUUUAGGCAGAGACGACCAGGCUUCUCUAAACCCAGGAAUUUACAGUCAGAAGGCUGGUGGCACCAACCACCCCACGCUGUUGGAGGAUAGAUCUAAGACCAGUGGGGAAAUCAAGAGUGAACCGGUGCAAGCAGCCCAGCCCAGCGGCCAGCCUGUGCAGCAGCCGCCGCAGCCGCCACCACAAAUCUAUCCGUGGAUGACCAAACUGCACAUGAGCCACGAAGCAGAUGGCAAACGUUCUAGGACCAGCUACACGCGCUAUCAAACUCUGGAGCUAGAAAAAGAAUUCCACUUUAACCGGUAUCUCACCCGCCGGAGGCGCAUAGAGAUCGCCAACAACCUGUGUUUGAACGAGAGGCAAAUCAAAAUCUGGUUUCAAAAUCGGAGGAUGAAAUGGAAGAAAGAUUCCAAGCUGAAAAGCAAGGAGUCUGUCUAGAAAUAUGGCCAGGGUAGGCGAGCAGCUUCUGAAAAGGCAUUUCAUGGCUUACUUCCCUGGAUCCUUGGCCUAAAUGAAAGAGGAUUGAGACUAUAAAAAGUACAUGUCACUUUGAAGACUGCCCAGGGAACUGAACUUCAGAACUGACCUCCUGUAUAGGGGACAUGGGGUUGAAGAUUUUGACUAUCUUUCAUAUUAUAUGUUCUAGUUAUUAUACUAGGAAAUGAAGCAGAAGUUUCCAGAUCAAAUACCAGUCCAUCAGUUUGAAACUCACAUUUCUGGGCAAUGGUUAACACAUUUCUUCUCUAGUUAAUGUGCCUACUUCCAUACAUUUGGCUGCCAAAAACAAAGAGGAGAUUUUGUAAGAGCUGAUGUCAUCUUCUGCCCAAUGGACAGAAUCUUAGUUGCAUUUCAGCAAUAAAGUCUUCAAUUUCUU